AUGGACGCCUUUUAUGUCGCAUUACAUAUCUCUUUGGUAUUUUAUCUCAUCACCCCUGGAUUGUCAACUUGUCCAAUUGGCUGCUCCUGCACAAAUGAUAACUUGGGAAGGUCUUUACUGUGUAUGGAAACCUCCAUGGGACACAUCCCAGAGGAUAUUCCUCAUGAUUUCACCAAAAUCCGAAUUGAAAACUGCCACCUGACUGAGUUACCGCAAGGAUCUUUCUCUAAAGUUGGUGCCUUGGAGUUCCUCUGGCUGAAUUUCAAUGAGAUCACCCUGAUGAACAUUAAAAGCCUGGAGGGGCUUGCCAACCUGACAGAGCUGAGGCUACAAGGGAACAAGCUGACUUCAGUCCCGUGGACAGCAUUUCAGGACACACCCAAACUCAAGAUUUUGGAUUUGAAGCACAAUCGACUGGACGUCCUACCUGAACACGCUCUGCGACACUUACCUGCCCUCACCUACUUAGAUUUAUCCUUCAAUCAGCUUAGUGUCAUAUCAAAAGACGUCUUCAUCAAUUGGCCUCUUUACCAAACAGCAGAGAAAGCAUGGGGGAAAGAAGGGCUGGUCUCCAAUGUGGUUUUGGCGCUGCAUGACAACCCCUGGCUGUGCGAUUGUCGCCUCAAAGGCUUUGUUGAAUUCAUCAGGGCAGUCAGCCCUCCCAUCAUUCUGAUGAACUCUUAUUUGAAGUGCUCAGGCCCCAUCUCCAAAGCUGACAAGUUUUUCCAUGAGAUCCAGUUAAAAACAUGCAUGAAGCCAGUGGCAUCUGCCCCAGAGACUAACAUCACUUUACCUCUUGGAGCAAAUGCAACACUCAUAUGCUUAGUCAAGGCCAGGCCAGGCCCGACCAUUCAGUGGAUGUACAGUCUGAAGAUUAUAAGAGGAUUUGCUGCUACAGAGACUAUAGUGGACUCAGACACUGUCACCUCCCAGUUGGUGAUCCCCUCUCUUCACCUGGCAGACCGAGGACUCUACACCUGCGUGGCCAACAACUUCAUUGGCAACUCCUCUGUCGGCAUCAUGGUGAACAUCAGCGCCUCCAACACCUCUGCUCCUCUCCCUCCACCUGUCCCCAUGUUGUCGUCUGAUGCUAAUGAUUACAUUGACAUCCGCAUUGCCAAGCAGACAGUUUACGGUAUCACCCUUGAGUGGUAUGCAGCGACAGACAACCCUGCAGAGACCUGGUUCACUAUCCACUUUGGCAAAUAUGAUUCACCUAAAAAGGAGAUGAUCUACAUUGGCCCUGGCAUCAACAGCUACUCAGUCAGUGACCUACUUCCUGUCACCAAAUAUGAAGUCUGUGUGACCCUGAAGAACCAUCCACCAAGGGAAGGCCAGUGCAUCGUGUUUGUGACAGGAAGUGACAUCAGUGAGCUGGAGCAAAGAGAGAGGCUUAUCCACAUCAUAGUCCUUGUGUGUGCCAUGGUGUUGGCAGUGCCAGCCAGCAUGUACGCCUGCACCACGGAGGCCAGGUUCAGUUGUGUGGAGCGCUGCAUGGAUCUGUGCAAGAAGCGCAGGCUGCACAGAGAGAACCUGCAGGGGAUGGAAAGGCAGGGCACCUUUGACAGCCUACAGGCGACUAGUGAUGAAGGCCUGUGCAAGAACUCGGAGGAAAAGCCCAAAAAGAAAAGGAAAUCUGAGGAUCGGCCCAAAGGAGGGAGUGCAGCUUAUCUGUACUAG